AUGUUUGAUUACUGUGUGGGUGCUCGGAGUAUUCUGGGAGACAAGUGGGUGUGUGUCUACAAAAGUACAGAGGCGGUGUCAUUCAAAAAGAGACAUUUUGAAGAUGCUAUGAAUAAUGUGAUCAGACAUCCAAAUAUCAACUCCACUGUCAUAUUAAGGGCAGAUAUACUAUUGGAAAACCAUUAUGAUGUUGACUCAUCAGAGCUAUUAAGUUCGAUAUCGAAUAACGCUUCAGUUCCUGAUGGUGAAAUUCAGGUUCUUCUUGUAGAUGAUAUUACAGCAAGAACUAUCGACACCGAUUUGGAUUUAGUUAUCAAAGAUGAGCUAGUUCGGAGGAUAAUUCCAAGAAAUCCAUUUAAAGACGCUGUUAUAAACCAAACAUGUUUGAUUCAUAAUUCUAAAUCAUCCCAGGAGACUUCUAUGGUUACUUAUAUCCCACAUAUUAUUAAUGAGGAGCAAUGUCCAUUUUAUAUUCCGGCGGUUGCUUUGGUAAGCAUCUUACUGCAUGAAGGGCAUCUCUCCAUACACUAUAUGCCAUUUCCUGGACACACUGAUCUAUUUCAAGAUGAAUCACAACGUGCAAUUAGAACGGCAUUAAGAUUGCUGAAUACAGCAGUGAAGCAUUCUAUGGGAUCCAUGAAUGGGUAUUCUAAACGUGUUAAUCAUGACGUUGUCGUCGACAAAGUUCUAUUUCAAGAUCGGUACAUAAAACUAAAGAAAAUUUACUCAAAGUGGUUGGUAGAUAACUGGGUUGAAACUACUGACCCGAAGAAGCAUGUCUUCGAAGAUAUCGCCAUUGCUGCUUUUUUAAUUGAAUUGUGGAAAAAAGUAUAUGGUGAAGAGGAUACUGAAACCAAAUUCCAAUUCAGAGAUUUAGGUUGUGGAAAUGGUAUUUUAUGCUAUAUAUUAAUAAUGGAGGGUUUUAAAGGUAUAGGCAUUGAUGCUAGACAGAGAAAAUCAUGGUCUAUUUAUCCGGAAAGUGUUCAGAACUGCUUAAAAGAACAAGUUAUAAUUCCCUCCGUCCUUCUUAGACCACAUCCUGAUAUGAAAGGAUAUGCACCACACUUAGAACACAACGCCAACUUUUUCCCAGUGCAUCUAUGUUCUUCUCACCUAAUUGCACCUGCAACGGUAAUGUAUUCCUCUGCAGACUUAAUUCAAUCACCUCACGUUAAUAUUACAGAGUUUCCAAAAGAUACCUUUAUUAUUGGGAACCAUUCAGAUGAAUUAACAUGCUGGAUUCCAUUACUAGGUUAUCGUUUCAUCGUGAUUCCUUGCUGUUCCCAUAAUCUCAAUGGCGCCAAAGUUCGUUACACUGUUCCCAGUGAAGCAAGAGUGAGGCAUGGAAACAGUAUGUACGCAGGUCUGGUAGAACAUGUUGACUACCUUGCGCGAGCCGUUGGUUGGAAGACAGAGAAGGAAAUGUUGCGCAUUCCAAGUACAAGAAAUGCCGCUAUAAUUGGCAUUGAUAAUCCAGAAUUGGAUAAAUUCCCUACCCAAAAAGUUUAUGAUGUAAUAUUACAAGAAGGUGGGGCAAAUGGCUGGGUUCAAAGCACUAUGAUGUUAAUGAAUGGGCCUCCUAGAUCACAUUAA